UUAUUCUUCCUCUAGCCAAGUGAGAGUUUUCAUCUCCUCUUCACCGGAACUGUGAAGGCCGCCGACGUGGGGUUUCUUCCUUCUCCCAGAUCGGCGGCUACUAUUGCAAACAACGAGCUCUUCUCUGCGUGCUAUUUUUCUUUAGAACCGUGAUUGAUGAAGUAAUUUUGGAAUGAAUUUUGUGUUGUAUUGUGUUAUGAACUUUGUGUGGAACGUUAUUGAAUUUCCUUGCUCUUGUGUUGUAUUGGUUUGGUUAUGAAUAUGAAUUGAAUUGGAGAAUGAUUGAUUGGUAACGGUUUGAGGCGUGGAGAAUGUUGAGUGAAAGUGAGGUAGAUGGAAUGCUAUCUCCCCUCUCUGUUGUCUCUUGGAACUUGGCAUAGAAAUAUUGUGAUAAUGCUUGAAGAUGAUUCGUGAUGGAUUGGUGAUUGUGUUUGUGUUGGGUGAUGGUAAUCUGUUAUGUGGGAAGUUACGGGUUCUGUCUGAAUGAAAGGAGAUGAAAACUCAAUUUAUAUGAUUUUAAAAAAAAUGGAUGAGAUUUGGUUGGUGGAUUUCUACACCCAAUAAACACCCAAGGAGAGAGAGAGAGAUGUGGACCACCUCCAUGACUAGUAUAUAAAAAGAAGGCUCAGCACUCUCAUCUAUCAUGCUAAGAAUUUGCAGCCUGAAAUGGAUUUUUUCAUGCAAUCUCUGUUAAUUACCGUGAUCACCAUGGUUGCAAGUGUGUAUGUUUUGCAGAAAAGAAGAGCAGGUGGCACUAAAACCUUGCCCCCUGGUAGCUUUGGGUGGCCCCUGAUUGGUGAAACCUACCAAUUUUUGUUCAUCAAGAGUGAACAUUUCAUUCGAGAGAGGGUCAAAAAGUACUCCUCACAGAUCUUCCACACAAACAUACUAGGAGAGCCAACAGUGGUUUUUUCUGGUCCUGCAGCAAACAAAUUUGUCUCCACCAAUGAGACAAAGCUUCUCAAAGUUUGGUACAUGAAGACUCAGCGCAGGUUCUUCAUUAUUCCUGAUCAAAUACAUGCACCAAACCUGAAAUCAAAACAAGAAGCUGCAUCUUCUGCUCCAGUGAAGAUCUUGGGGAUUCUGAAACCUGAGGGAAUAGCAAGGUACAUGGGGAACAAAGUUGAAUUAACCAUGCAUCAACAUUUCAUGACACACUGGGAAGGAAAAACAGAAGUGAAGGUGUACCCUUUGGUGAAGGCCUUUACCCUCACACUGGUUUGUCAAUUCUUCUUAGGCAUUGAUGAACCAAAAUUGGGCAGUGAGUUUGAGUACUUGUAUUUUGGGAUCUACUCUGCUCCUGUGAAUUUCCCGGGCUCUGCAUACCGUAGGGCACUGAAGGCUUCAGCCGCAAUAAGGAAAGAGAUACAAUUUCUGAUCAAAGAGAAGAUUGAUGCUUUGUCCAAGGGGAAAAUUGUGGAUGACCUACUAGCACACGUAGUUGGUGCUGAGCAGGGUAGAAAAUAUGUGCCAAGAAUUGAAAUAAGCAACAUCAUCAUGGGGAUGAUGAAUUCCAGCCACAUGCCAAUAGCUAUUACUCUGGCUUUCAUGAUCAAACACAUUGGACAAAGGCCUGAUAUCUACCAAAAAAUCGUAUCCGUAGCUGCUUUAAGGUACUGCGAGAUAAGUUAUUGGUUUAAGCCAGGAGAAUACAGUUUGGGUUCUUGGAUUUUCUUUCUGGACUCCGAAUGCAAGAUUCUUAAACAAAAGCAUGCUGGUAUUACAAAAUUCAAAAGAUCUGGUGCAGCACUAGACUGGGACAGCCUACAGAAACUGAAAUACACAUGGGCUGUUGCACAGGAGACUAUGAGACUCUAUCCAACUGCACCAGGUGUGUUCAGAGAGGUCAUAACAGAUAUCACAUAUGAAGGUUUUUCUAUUCCAAAAGGGUGGAAGAUUUUUUGGUCACUGGUUGGGACAAAUAGGGAUCCCAACUACUUUCCUGAACCUGAAAGUUUUGACCCCUCAAGGUUUGAAGGAACUAUUCUUCCUGCUCCAUACACUUGGAUACCCUUUGGAGCUGGACCAAGAUCUUGCCCUGGACAAGACUACACGCGGUUUGUGGUCCUCAAUUUCAUUCACAUUCUAAUAAACAAGUUCAAAUGGGAAGUUACAGAUCCUGAUGAGAAAGUUUCAGGGGUUCUCAUACCUACCCUAGCAGAGGGAGUAUCUAUCCGUCUUCAUCACCACUAAGUUCUCCCAAGUGCAGAUAUUGUAAACAAGAAGAACAGUUUGAAAAAGAAAUAUUUAAGUCUUUGGGUUGUGUAGAGUAUCAAUCAGUGCAGAUUGAUUGGAGAAUUUGAUCAAUAUCAUAUGAUAAUAAAGACGAGAAAGGACCCAAAUGUAAAGUUGGUUAAUUGAUUAUAGGAUUGUAUGUGUAAUGAGACAAUGUAAUAAGAAUAUUCUGAAU